AUGAUGUAUAAGUAGAGUCCGAAGAUCAAUUCAAAUGAAUAAAGAAUGAAUCAGAUACAUAGAAAUUAUGUUGCUGCUGAUUACAAUUAUAAUUACUCAAAUAAUUAACUAAAUCUUCAAUUGGCUGAAAAGAUGAUGAUCGCAUACAAGCAUCAAAAGAACGAAAAAAAACCACUAGUAACAAAGAAAAUCAAGAUGGUUGAUCCUUUCUCUAAUAAAUAUUAGCGUGAUAUGUAAAUGCAAUAGUAAAAUUAGAAAUUCAUUUGCUUAUGUCUAUGAAGCAGGUGGAAUCCCUUGCAAGAUUAAUUAUAAUACUCAAGGGAAUAUGAAAAUCUAAUGGAUUCAAGAUGUAAACAUCUAAACCAUACCAUAUGACCCAGUAUUAGUUACAUGUUUUAAUGGAUUAUUAGAGGAUGUUCAUCCUUAUUUAGCAAUUGCCACAACUGCUAUUUAAUUCAUGCUAUAAAACGAAGUAAUAGCAUCAAAUAAAAAUUAGGCUGCGUAAGAAAAAAUCAUCUAAGUUCUUCCAAAAUUAGUGUUACCAUUAAGAAGUGCAUUGAGUUCCAAAAGUGACAAAGUAUUUGGCUCUGCAUUAUAAAUUUUGAAGUAGCCACAUCUGUUUAAUUUAGGUCCUUAUCCAAUGUCGUUGGAUCUCAUCUGAAUAAAUAUCUGAAAUUGUUCCUAGUCCCUAUUUGGUAGAGAUAGAAUCAUUCAGUUGUCGGAGAGCAAAUAAGACUAGUUCUUUCUGUUUUGGAAUAUAAUGGGGUAUAUUGACUAAUUAAUUAGGGUUCUGAAGUCUUUUAAAUCAUUAAACAGAAGAUUCCAACAUACUCUAAUUUUUGA